AUGACAUCUUCAUUUGAACCAUCGCUCUCAACGAGCGGCAUGCGCCCACCUUUGGCCUCCGCAGAUGCGCCAUCCAUGGCUGAUUCCCUACCCAACAUCAACUUCGGAUUCGAGGACCUACGCAAUCGCAUGGCCCAUUUCACCGCGAAAUUCGACGCAUUUAUCGAACGAGGCCGCAAACAAGUUCUCGAGGAACGAAACCAGUUCCACAUCAAUCUCGCAGAAUUACAAGAGGAUGAGCGAAUGCGACAACGUGAUAUUGAAAUCCUGAACUUGAAAUCCCAAACACAUGAGCAGACUCUCCAGAAAGAAGCAGCAGAGGCUGCUGAAAUGCACGCGGCCAUCUCUACAGUCACUAUGGAGCGCGAUUCACGACUCACGAAGCGCGACCGUCUCAAGCAGCAAAUCGCAGAGACCCAGAAGGCUAUCAACCAACGACUAGAAGCACAAAAAGCCCACGCAAAACAACUGGAUGCGCAAUCUCGUCUGAAUAAUCCAGAGCUGGAAUUUUGGCAGGACUACCUCUGUUUACGGAUUGAAGGGGCGGGGCGAGACGAUCGCUUGAAGUUUGUUUACAGCCACAUAGUGGAGAAGGAUUGGGAGACCGAAGCCUGGUUUGAGCUUGGGACCGCUAGUCGUGAUUACGAGGUUUUCCAUACACGACCCAAGGUGGACCGGGAAGCUUUGGAACGUGAAGUAGAACUUGUCAACGAGGACCGGGACUUUGGGGCUUUCCUUAAGCGCAUGCGCAAAUUAUUUGUUGAGACGAUGAAUUGA